AGACCUGUCCACAACUGGCAGUGCCCCUGAAUGGACGGAUGCUGGGCCGGAGCGUGCGGGUGGGCCACGAUGUUCACUUUGUCUGCGAUGCCGGUUUCCGGCUGGUGGGCUCGGAGACACGCGCCUGUCGGCACAACCGCACGUGGAGCGGCACCCAACCCUUCUGCAGAAGUAUUGAUGACUGCUCCAGCAACCCGUGUGCUAACAGUGGGACCUGUGUGGAUGAUGAUCAGAGCUACACAUGCCUCUGCCCCCCAGGCUGGUCAGGCCCCACCUGCCAGAGCCCGAUCUACUCCUACUGGGUGACGCUGAGCAAUGCCUCCUUCAGCCGCCAGCCCCGCUGUGCUGAGGGCCACUUGGGCUCCCGGCGCUGCAGCUGUGAUGCUGGCUUCCAGCUGCGAGCUGGUGGCAUCUGCCAAGAUGUGGAUGAGUGCCAGCUCUACCAGUCCAACCCCCAGACCCGGAUUUGCCUCCAUGACUGCCUCAACCUCCCUGGCUCCUACCGCUGCCUGUGUCCCCCUGGCUACCUGCUCCAUGCGGAUCGCAAUGCCUGUGAGGAUGUGAAUGAGUGCGCCGGGAAGCAGCACAACUGCACCCAGGGUGACCUCUGCAUCAACACCUUUGGGGGCCACCGCUGUGUGCGCCCCAAGUGCCCCCCACCACGCCACAACACCAGCUAUGUCAAGACCUCUGCCUUCCAGUGUGAGAGGAACCCCUGCCCCAUGGAGAGCCGAGCCUGCCACCUGGCUGCUACCUCCAUCUCCUUCCACUACCUGCCGCUCCAGGCCAACCGCACUGUGCCCCGUGUCCUCUUCAAGAUGUCCACCACCCGCUUCGUGGGCGACAGCCUGCGCUUCACCAUCACCGGCGGCCGGGGCCAGGGCGUCUUUGCCGUGCGGCGCUCCGACCGGCAGACGGGAGAGCUGCUGCUCACCCCCGUGGCAGGGCCAGCCACGCUGGAGGUGGAGCUGGAGAUGAGCGAGUUCUCCCGCAAGGUCCUCCUGGGCAAGCACAUCUUCAAGGUCACAGUCUUUGUGUCCCCAUAUGUGUUUUGA